AGUGGUAGUUGUUUAAGAAGCCAAGUAAAAGAUCAAUCUAUUGGGAAAAGAAGGGCUUAGUAAUGAAAGAAUAUGUGAAAUAAGAACCCGGUUUAUUUGAAUGAGAAAGAAUAAGCAUAGUAGGACUUCGGACUGUUUAGACGGAAAAAGACUAGGAAAGUCAAGUUUGAUCAAGAGAGUAAUAUUGUAUUUCAAUGUGUAUAUGUUAUGUGCUUGUGUCGCGCCAUUGUCUGCCUGAUUUAUCUGAUAUGUCCAGUCUGUCUGAUUUGCUUCUGUAGCCAUCUUUCAAAAGGGAUUCAAGCAGCAGAUCUUAAGAUUUUGAGAGAAAGGCUAGAGCAAGAGCAUGUGGAGAAGGGUAAUGAAGAUGGAUUAUAUAUUAGCUGUGUGGCUUCUGCAGCAAAUCUUUGGGCUGUAAUUAUGAAUGCGGGAACAAGUUUCUGUUCCCAGGUCUAUGAACUCUCAGCUGUGUUCCUUCAUAAGGACUGGAUUAUGGAACAGUGGGAAAAGAAUUACUACAUCAGCUCGAUCGUUGGCGCUGUUAAUGGAAGUUCCUUGGUUGUUAUGUCUAAAGAUAUUUCCCAUGUAGGAGUGUACUUCUUGUGGAAUGCAUGCCUGUGGAGAAUGUGGCUAACUUUUGUUUUUAUUAUCUACGAAGAAUGAUGAGAGAAACAUUUAAUUUUGGUUUAUGUUAUUUUGAAUUAUGAACAAAAUCAUGUAUUUCAACAUUAUAUAUGUAUUAUGGAACAUUAUGUA